AAAAAAUCAAUGAUAAAAAAAUGUUCACGUGCACAAAAUGAUGAGACAAUUAAUUGGUGAUAUUUUGUCUUUUACAAAAAUAAAUAAAUAUUUACGUUAGUUUAAGAUUUAAACAAUGAUAUACUAUUUGUACUAAUUAAAGGGCUUUUAUUUUGUAGUUUACGAACCAAGUCUGCAAUGAAAUCCACGAAGAAGCUUCCCAGGCUCUUAUUUUGAAGGUGCCUGGGACGCUUAACCCCGAGUUGCUCCCUGUAGCUGCUCUACAGUGUAUGAAUGUCACAGGACUGUAAGCCGCUUCGGAUAAAAGCAUCAGCGAAAUGACAUGUCAUAAUUUAAUAAUUAAUAUUUAUGCAGUUAGGAGCAUCAGGAAUUCGGUUUGCUAAAGAAACAUUUGUCAAUUAAUCAGAUUAUUGUAGUUAUUUACUCGUCAUUACAUAUAGGCACAAUUCAUGGGAAUUGAUUAUUGUCUUCCUGCUGUUUGAUUGUUUAAGAUGUCUUUUAUUUUGAAAAACAAUAUUCCUGAUCUAUAUUAAUAAGAAUGUUCCACUUUUUAGAAAUCAGUGAAUCCUGAAAUCUGGUUGUGUGCAUUAAGACUUUGAGUUAGAUGUAUUCAAAACAUUUAUAUUUUAGUAUUUUCCUUUUCUUUAUGGACUCUUUGGAUAAGACGUGGGGUCUAAAGCAUGUUGAACUACGAAGACAUGUGUCUGUUUGGGAGAUUAAUAUUAUUGAUUAUUGAUUGAUUGGUGUUGGACAGUUCUUGUAAAAGAAUAAAGUAAUGUUUUUGCAGAUGCUUCUGACCUUUGACCUCCGAGUGUAUGUUGAUUGAGAGAAUAAAGAAGAAUUUAACCUGAUUUACUAACUGCUGUAGACCUGUAGUGAAUAUUUGGUGAUUUAGAACAUGUAGCAUUCAACCAAUAUUACAGAAUAAAAACAGGAGUAUUUUAUUCAUAUUUAGUCAUCCAUAUUUCAUUGUGAAUUUUCUGUUUUGGAAAUAAAAUGUCCAAAACAAAUGUCCAACUGACAUGUUUUAUUUUGUAGUUUACGAACCAAGUCUGCAAAGAAAUCCACAUCUCAGGCUCUUAUUUUGAAGGUGCCUCCGCCAGCUGCCCGGAUGUGCCUCCAUUCCAAGCUCCCGUCGGCAGCAGCAGCGUCUCUUCGUCACUGCGGUGGUAAAGUGUCAGUUAGCUCCUUCAGUCCUGACCCAGCAGAGUCUCUGUAUGUCUGGAUAAACCUCUGAAUGGACUUCUAGAGGUUCUCCUUUGGUUCUGGAUGUUGUUCCUCGGACUCAUCUCCCGCUACAAAGACAUUGAAGUUAGCUUAGCAUGCUAACAGCGCUAGUCCCAGUUUAAAGGAGAGGAACGGGCUUUGUGACGGACUUUGAGUGGAGAAAACGUUUCUGUCGUUGGGGGGAAAUGUCUAAAGUCCAAAUGCUGAGAUGUUUCGUCAACCAGCGACUCACUGCGGCUGCGCAGGAGAUAUGUGGGCUGUUUGAAAGAACGAUAGCAGAGUACGAGGAGGAACUUUGUAGUUCUCAAGAGGAGAACGAGCGACACCGGAAACGACUGCAGGCUGUGUUCAACCCGGAAGUCCGGUUACACCGAGCAGACGUCCAGCAGCUGUUGGUGGUUCAAGUAGAGGGUCCCCCUGAGCAGCAGGCCUGGAGCUCCAGUCUAGACCAGGAGGACCCAGAACCCCCACACAUGAUAGAGGACCAGGAGGACCCAGAGCCCCCACACAUUAAAGAAGAGCAGGAGGACCCAGAGCCCCCACACAUUAAAGAGGACCAGGAGGACCCAGAGCCCCCCCACAUUAAAGAGGACCAGGAGGACCCAGAGCCCCCCCACAUUAAAGAGGACCAGGAGGACCCAGAGCCCCCACACAUUAAAGAGGACCAGGAGGACUAA